AAAAAAAUACCGCAAGAGAAUUUCUGUGCUUCCAACUUCUACCGGAAGUGAUGUCAUCAGGAAACUUGCGUGACCACCCGGCGGCAACACGAGGGUUGAGCAGGCGUGUUGUGUGUUGUCAGUACUCUAUGGAAAACAAACAGUUAGUGCGAUAUAAUGGAAGAAACAGACAAAAGUAAAAAAGUACUUGCGUAUAUAUGUUCGUUCCCGGACUGUAACGCAAGCUACAACAAAGCUUGGAAACUCGAUGCUCAUCUUUGCAAGCAUACUGGAGAGAGACCAUUUCAGUGCGACCAUGAAGAUUGCGGGAAAGGUUUCGUCACCAAAUAUAAACUUGCUCGACAUAAGCUAAGCCAUAGCGGUGUGAAACCGUUCAGGUGCUCUGAGGAGGACUGUACCGAGACCUUCACAACGGGUCAAAACUUGAAGAAGCACAUGUCCCGCAAACACAAACAGGGGCAUUAUAAGUGUUCACACGAGGGCUGUGGCCAAGAGUUCCGCAAGAACAGCCAGCUGAAGUCCCACGAGUCUGAACACACUCAGCUCCUGCCUUUCUUGUGUACUUUUGAAGGAUGUGGAAGACAACUGGCCACAUCAAGUGGUCUUCGUCGCCAUGAGAAAGUCCACCGGGGCUACCCAUGCUCAGAGGAAGGCUGUUGUUUUGUGGGGAAAACAUGGACUGAGUUGUUAACACACCGCAAGGAAAUGCAUCGAGCUCUGCACAAGUGUGAUCAGUGUGACAAGAGCUUCCGUAACACCUGGUUCUUACGGCAGCAUCAGAGGGUUCAUUUAGAGGAGCGUGUGGUUUUCAAAUGCCCCAGGGAGGGAUGUCAGCGAUCUUACACCACACCCUUCAACCUCCAGUCUCACAUAUACUCUUUCCAUGAUGAACUACGUCCUUUUGCAUGUACUCAUGCAGACUGUGGCAAGACCUUUGUGAUGAAGCAAAGUCUACAGCGGCACCUGGUGACUCAUGAUCCUCUAAGGCGCAAACAGGAGAAGAAACCUCGGAAGAUCAAAAAACGCUCUGAGAAGAAACCGAGGAAACCAAGUAACAUCUUAAAAGGAUCACUGGCUUCUCACCUUAGCGGUUUCCACCCCGAAAACAACUGCAAUCCUAAAAUCAGCAGCAAUCCCAAAAGCAGCAGCAAUCCCGAAAGCAGCUGCAAUCCCAAAAGCAACUGCAACCCCGAAAGCAACUGCAACAUCAGCAUCUUGGACACAAGUAGUCUCAUUCUUGAAUCCGUGCAGAGCACUUUUCCUAAUGCUACACAUGCUGGACAGUGCAUUGGAUUAAAGACCGCAUAAUUCUUACCAGCCAGUGUUUGUAGGCUAUGGCUAUGAAAUAGCAAACAUGCCUUUCAGGAAGCUGUGAGUCAUCCUGAGUUUUAAUUUAUUUUCCUCUAUUCAGAAGUUAUCUUAUGUCUUUUUAUUUUUGCUUAAGUAAGCAAUUUAACUGACUUGUUAAGUUAGUGGUAUGUGAAUGUAUCAUUUGGUUUGCCUUUAGUGAAGUGGUUUAUCAAUGAAGUUACUUAAAGUAUUCCUUCCAAAAAUAUUCACUUUUGUCUGUUUAUGAAUCUGUGUAUUAUGUACACAAAACUA